GCAAAUAAAAUCCCUAAUUAUUUAUUCAUAUUUUCUUCUUUAUUAUUGUUAAUUUAUUUAAGUAAUAAUUCGAAUCUAUUUUUAAAAAGUAAUUUGGAAGCAUUUAAGAGGUGUUUGUUUACAUAAAACAAGUGCUGGAGAAAAUGGAGAUUGAAGAAAAAAACAGUUUUUAAACAAAUAUUACAAAUAUGAAAUUCGAUUUUUGAGAUCAGUGAAAAGAAAAUAAAAAAUAUCUUUUUAAAAUCGGCUAGAGCAGCCGUCAAAGAUGGACGGGCCAAGAACUAUUGUUCUUCAACGUCAAAAUGGGGCUUUCGGAUUCACCUUAAGACACUUUAUUGUCUAUCCUCCGGAUGUUCAAGAUCCAGCAAUUGCUAAGAAACUUGAACAAUGUGGUCUUGCCAAUUUUUCACAACCAAUGGAUACAGUGUUUGUGAAGAAAGUCAUACCGAAAUCAGAGGCUGAUAAUGCAGGACUUAAAGAAGGUGAUAGACUCAUAGCUGUGAACGGUAUUCCCGUAUCUCUACAAUUCCAAUUUGCUGAUAUUGUUGCUACUAUACAAAAAACUCCAAAAACAUUAGUAAUACAGAUUGUUCCUAAGUGCUAUGACAUAUUACAAACCUUUUUUAGUGAAACAGCACAUAAUCCCGAAACAAAUCAACGCCCACAAGCUCAACAAGCAGUAAGAUCAAGUUUAAUGCCAAUUAUGAGUAGUAAACGACAACAAGAACAGUUCUCAUUGCAAAGUGUACCAGAAAAACAAGAAGCCCUAUAUAGUCCAUUAAUGCCGAUUAUAAACACUUCAAAUCGAAACGUCUACGCUGGAAAUGGAAAUCCAAUGGCAAUAGUACAACCACGAGUAUUGCAAAAUAUGAGUCAAGUGCAAUAUGAUCAACAGCAACAACAGCACUUACAGCAACAGCAGCAAGGUUUUAAAAAUCAAUUUGCCGCGGGAAUAAAUACUGAAAUAAAGGAUGCAAUAUUGUCUCGAUUACGACAUCAAAUCGAACAGAAGGAAGAAUUCCUGAAGCGUCCUAAUAAGCCUUUAAUACUUGAACCAACUCCAGAGCAAGGAAAUCGUGAUCAUGCUCAUUUUCAGCGUGCUACAUUAAACUUCCCACAGCCAAAUCGACUGAAACCCGACAAUUUUGCUGAUAUGAAUUUAGAAUAUGGACGAUCGCUAGAUUCCAUGAGACAACCGCAAUCUGUGUCUCAAGAGCUUUCUGAUAUACAAAGCAAUCGUUUCGCAUUAAGGGAACAAUUUUUUAAAGAUAGAAGUAGCACAAAUAAUGCCUAUUUUUCAUUACCCACCUCACCCUAUUAUAUCCAAGAUGGACAACCAUCAAACAAUGCAUCAUUUAUUGGCAGUAGUAGCAGCAUGAUGGAAAACUCAUCUUUACGUCCAGAAGAUAAUCGACAUUUGCGCGUCAUAGGAUCAUCACCGAUUCCAUCACAAGGUUUAAGAAUUGUAUCCGAGCGAACUAAACAGUUUGAAUCAGGUCGCCCACUCUCGCCUGAUGGAAUAGAUCGAACAUCUUUAUACAAAAGUGAACUUAGCAGAAUAAGCACAAAACCACUGGUGUCUAAUGUUGCCCUGAGACGUCAAGUAUUUGAAGCAAAAGCGAAUAUUGAUUCAUCAUGGAGAUGUUCGUCAGAUGACAAAAUCAAGGACGACAAAGAACUAAAGUCAUUGCCAGUAAAGGCGCGCUCACUGUCCGUUGAGUCAAUGAAAGAAAAUGACAAGCUUGGUGAUGCAAUUCAUAUUAAUCACAUUAACAACAACAAUAAUGGUUUUAUGAAAAAAGAAAGGCCUAAGCCUGUACGUGAAAACUCAUACUUGACAGCUGUAAGGAGUUCACCUGAAGUAUUACCAGUGAUAUUAAGACAAAAAUUAGCACAACGUGCCGCAAGUGACGAUGAGGAACGAAAAACAAGGAGAACGUCUUAUCUCAAGGCUACAGCAAACGAAGAAUAUCAUUUUACAGCAAGCGAUACAGAUCAAAAUUCAGUCUCUGUAACAGCGGAUGAUGAAGAAAUACAACAGCAAUUAAAAGUCUCAUUUCAAAAGUGGACGCCCCCAAAGUUUACAGUUGAUAUUCAGUUCUUAAAACGAAUUUUCGAGGAGCCUCAAGCAUCACAGAAUUCUCAUGAAAUCUCAAAAGACAAUCAUACCGUACACGCAAGUCAUGCAUCAAAGGCAAAGGCGUUGUCCUAUUUCCGAGAUAAUGCAUUAUCGGAUGUAAAUAUAGCAAUAACAAAGCAAGGGAUUUUACACGUAAAGGUUACUUUAAUUAACGGACGGCGUUCACAUGAUAGAAAUUGGAGGCAAUGCAAUGCUGAAUUAAAAAGAAAUAUUUUAAAGCUGACGAUAUUGAGAGAGGGAAAAGUAAGUCAGAGUCCUGACUCAAGUGGCGGAACAAUUGACUUAACAAACUUUGAUGUAACUGAUGGGAACUAUACGAAGCGCAAAAAUGUUUUUCGUCUUUCAUCAUCACAUUAUCCUGCAGCAUGUGAUAGUGAAUGUGAAUUACUGUUACAGACUCAAAGUUCACAGGAAAUGUCCGAAUGGAUGAGCUGCUUGAAAAGUGUGACGAAGAAUGAUGUGAAAACCGACACAGAUUGUUCAGCAGAUGUUGGAAUUCAAAAGGCUGAACCACAACGAAUAGCUGCAAUAGAAACGAUGCAAGCAUCAACACUGAGCAGUGAUGACAAUCCAUCUCCUUUAGCUAAGACGCAACAACGAAAAUAUCAUUUUGGAUCUCGAUCACCUUCCGGACAAUCACCGGUUACUAAAAGUAGAAAGGCACCACAGAAUCUAUUAGUAACAUCAUCUCCACUAUUAAAUCCGUCAUGUUCGGAUAAAGAGACUAAUUCCCCUAAACAGAAAUCAACGUGGAAACAUUUUGUGACAAAUCAGUUUAAAAAAAUGCAACCGCAAAAUGAUUCGCCAACGUCAAAUGUCAAUGAAGGUUGCAAUUUAUCUCAAUGUACACCGUCGGAAGAGAACUUCUACGUGCCACUAAUAAUAUCAAAAUGCACAAAAAUAGUCGAGACGAGAGGCAUGUGUAUCGUAGGAAUUUAUCGUAUACCCGGUAAUACGGCAGCUAUUUCGAACCUAAACGAGUUAAUAAACCGCAAUGGAAUGGAUGAGCAAACCUUGAACGAUCCAAAAUGGGAGGAUGUAAAUGUAGUGUCUAGUUUGCUGAAAUUAUUCAUUCGAAGCCUUUCCGAGCCGAUUGUAUCGAACGAAUUGUAUGGAAAUUUCAUCGAAGCUGAUAAGAAACCUGAACAUAGUCAGCGAUUUCAAGAGCUUAAGAGUCUAUUAGGAAGACUCCCACGACAUAAUUAUGAAACAUUAAAGCAUCUCAUAGCGCAUUUGUAUAAAGUUAGUGAUAAUGCAUCGACCAAUUUAAUGGAACCGAGAAAUUUAGCAAUUGUGUUUGGGCCGUCGAUAGUUCGAAAAUCAAACGAUUCUUUAGAAAUGGUAGUUAAAGAUAUGCGGCAUCAAUGUCAAAUAGUAGAAUCUCUUAUCAGUCAUUAUGGAUAUUUCUUUGAAAAUGAACCAAUGCCGAGUGCAAAGAAUAAAAUAUAUCAAGCUUCCACGGAUUCGGGAUCUGAGCUUCCAUCAGCAGAUUUUCUUUUAGAGAAUGUUGCCAAAAUAGAGCCACUUACUAAAGAUGUACAGAAAGAUACAUCGUCGAGAUUUGUAGCAAAUAUUGUCCAAGCAGCCAAUCGAAAAAUACGAAAAACGGCGCAAAGAAGAAGUACAUCAUCAUCAAUGACACCAGAUUCAUUAUCGCUCGAGAGCAUGACCACGUCGGCAGAAUCAAAAGAUUUACAAAAGGCACAUCCGAAAAUGUCAAAACUGAAAAGCAAUGAAUCGUUGGCGGAAACUCCUCGUUCAUCGGAAGACGACUUUGAUAGUGCAUUUACCGAGAAUUGUGAAAACGGAUCAACAUCUUUAACUGCCACCGUAACAGCAUUACUGGAUAAUAAAUUACGAUCACUGCGAAACUCAUCUGUUGAGUCGGAUAAGGAGGAUAAUAAUAAUGUGGCACAAAGUGAGACGCUAUCAAUAGCGACAACAGUAUCAUCGUCAUCGAUAUCAAAUUCCAAUCCACGUUAUUCCGUAAUAAGUAAAAUGACGCAUUUACAGCAUCCACGACCAUUAACAUUAGGUGAAAACAUUCCAUUUGCCGAUGAGAGUCCAGAGAGGCCGUUAAUUCAAGCGCGUGUCAAGCCAAUAAGACAAUCAUUAAGUAAUAAUAAUAAUAAUUCUAGUAGUAAUAAUAGUGAGAAGCAAAAAGGUUCUGAGCUACAAAUGGAUCAAUCGAAGAAUGAUAAGAGUAGCUCAAAACUGUCAUUGGAAUCAUCAUCAGAUACAGAUUCGUCAACAACAAGCAAUUAUCGGGAGCAUAUGAGGUCUGUAAUUCGUUUGGAAGAUUCGGUGCUAAGAAAAGUUAACAGAAUUUUAACAAAUUUGGAGCAUCUCGAGAGGAAAUAUAGUUUAAAUCGAUCUCUAUCAUUGAAUUAUAAGAGUCAUAGGAGUAGUAGUAAUAAUAAUAAUGAAUGUUGCUGUGCUAAUAAAAGUGAUAAAGUACGUUUAUCAUUGACAAAAGAUGAGAAAACUGAUAAGAAUAUAAAUAAGCGACGGCAACUGCACGACACGACCAAUACAACAAAUAAUUCUCAAUCAACUGGUGGAAAUUCUAAAUAUCGUAGACACAAUGGCAGUCGAUCUAUUCGAAGACGUCAUACGAUAGGAAUUGGUGCACACGAUUAUGAUUACAAUAAUCCUACAAUAAUCAAAACAAGUGAUCGAACAAGUUUUAUGACACCCAUCACAAACUAAUACCCAUUGAGCAUGAAAGCAUGGGUACACACAAAUUCAUGAAUUAAAUACAAUAUAUUCAAGAUGAAUAAUUUUAUUGCUAAUUUUAAGGCAUUCGCAUCAAGUAUUUAGUUGUUUCAUCGUCAUUUUAUCUACAAUUUUAUUUUAUUUUGCUUGAUUCUUAUUUUUUUUCUUAAAAAUCAAAUGCUUCACAGACGAGAGAAAGCGAGAAUUUUGUGUAUGUAUAUUUUAUUGCAUUAAUCACAUCGAUUCAUUCAUUGAAAAGAAAAUUCACAUUUCAUAGAAAUAAAGAAUUAAAUUAUGAA